AUGGAUGACAUGGAGGAGAUGGAUGACAUGGAGGAGAUGGAUGACAUGGAGGAGAUGGAUGACAUGGAGGAGAUGGAUGACAUGGAGGAGAUGGAUGACAUGGAGGAGAUGGAUGACAUGGAGGAGAUGGAUGACAUGGAGGAGAUGGAUGACAUGGAGGAGAUGGAUGACAUGGAGGAGAUGGAUGACAUGGAGGAGAUGGAUGACAUGGAGGAGAUGGAUGACAUGGAGGAGAUGGAUGACAUGGAGGAGAUGGAUGACAUGGAGGAGAUGGAUGACAUGGAGGAGAUGGAUGACAUGGAGGAGAUGGAUGACAUGGAGGAGAUGGAUGACAUGGAGGAGAUGGAUGACAUGGAGGAGAUGGAUGACAUGGAGGAGAUGGAUGACAUGGAGGAGAUGGAUGACAUGGAGGAGAUGGAUGACAUGGAGGAGAUGGAUGACAUGGAGGAGAUGGAUGACAUGGAGGAGAUGGAUGACAUGGAGGAGAUGGAUGACAUGGAGGAGAUGGAUGACAUGGAGGAGAUGGAUGACAUGGAGGAGAUGGAUGACAUGGAGGAGAUGGAUGAGAUGGAUGAGAUGGAUGAGAUGGAUGAGAUGGACGAGAUGGAGGAGGCAGAGGAGUCAGAAGACAGGACUCGUGGCAAGCUGAUGAGCGGGCAAGAAAGAGCUCUGUCGCCGCUUUGCCGUGAGGCUCAUGGCCCUCUAUAUCCUCGGUUGAGGUGGCUGGGGUGGCUGCGGCGGCUGAGGCGGUUGAGGUGGCGGCGGCGGUGGUCCAGGCAUAAAGUUGACAGGCGCUUCUACAGUAGCAUCAAACUCUUCAAAAGCACCUGGGUUGAGGAAUUGACGAAAGUCGUCAUCCUCCAUGCCAUCAAAGUCAGGGAUGUCAUCAAGCCCUGA